AUGGACGAGAAGAAGUGCGAUCAGAGCGCACAUUGGGAACUGCCGCAAAACACACAAGAUGGAGUAACGACCCGCUCCGCUAGAACGGUCCAGAAAUCCACCUCGGCGCGAGCCUGGUUCUUCCUUCUCGGCGCUCUGCUUACCGGAUGUUGGAUCAUCUGGUCUCCUCAUCAUUGUCGUCGCUCAGGCAAACUCACAAUCGAUGACCGAGUGAAGCGCAUUUUGACCGAAACUCCUCUUAUAGAUGGUCACAACGACCUUCCCAUUUAUGUCCGAUCAAUUUUUCACAAUCAUAUCAACACGCCGAACUUCACAGACGGCUUCCUAGAAGGCACUCUUCCUGGUCAUGUCGAUGUACCGCGUUUGCAAAAAGGCCGAGUAGGCGGCAGUUUCUGGAGUGUCUUUGUCCCAUGUCCCGCGAACUGGGAGGACCUUACGGAUGAGAACUACGCGUCCAGCAUUCGAAUGACCGUGGAGCAAGUCGAUCUGAUAUCGCGUAUUCAGAAAGCGUUCCCCAAAGUCUUGUCCCCACCACCAAAUGGCACAACUGCCAUGGAGGCGUUCCGACAGGGCAAGCUUAUCUCACCCUACGGAAUUGAGGGCCUGCACUCGAUUGGUAAUUCACUGGCGCAUCUGCGAAUGUUCUACGACCUAGGGGUUUCGUAUGCCACCUUAACGCACAAUUGUCACAACAAGUACGCCGACGCGGCGCUCGUGGAACAGCGGGACCACGGUGUCAAGGUGGCCACUCCCCUUUGGCAUGGUGUGAGCCCCGCUGGCCAAAGACUGAUCUCCGAAAUGAACCGUCUCGGCAUGAUCGUUGACCUCGCUCACGUGAGUGCGGACACGAUGCGUGAUGUGCUCGGCGCCGGUAAGACCGACUGGGCGGGCAGUCGAGCUCCCAUCAUUUUCAGUCACAGCUCCGCCCACGCUCUUUGCCCACACCCGCGCAAUGUUCCCGAUGACGUCCUGGAACUCGUUCGUCAGCGAAACUCCGUCGUUAUGGUGAAUUUCUCCCCCGAUUUCAUCUCCUGUCAUGCUUCAAAUCGCAAGGAUGGAAUGCCAGAGCCCGACCCGUCGCACGCCACGCUGGAGCGGGUGGCAGAUCAUAUCAUGCAUAUUGGCAAAGUUGCCGGCUUUGAUCAUGUUGGCUUAGGUAGUGACUUUGAUGGGAUUGAAACGGUGCCCAAAGGUCUGGAAGACGUUUCCAAAUUUCCGGACUUGAUCGCAGAGUUGCUGCGGCGGGGGCUCACCGACGAGCAAGCUGCCAAGGUGGCUGGAGGCAAUCUGCUUCGCGUCUGGAAAGAAGUGGACCAGGUUGCGCUGCAGAUGCAGGCUGAGGGAGUGUUGCCAGAAGAGGAUUAG